AUAUAGGAAAUAGCGCCCCCUUCAUUUCAUGAGUGCAAUGGUCCCAUUUCCAAAUAAGAUAUGAGACUGACGGCGGUCCGUCCCGCCCCUUCCUGUUUGCUGCAGCCAGGUGAACUUCCUCCAUUGCUAUCUCUGCGGCUAGCUGCUUGUGUUUGGCGCAUUUCUAAAAUUGUUAAAGAAUAUUUCUGAACCGGGCCGAAAUAACAAAACCGAACAAUUAUAUUUUGUUCUUUCUGGCAACCGCUCGACGACAUGGAGGAUCAGAAGAAUCAGACUUGUGACUUUUACCGCACCGAUCCAGAUCUGCCGGAGAGAUUCAACAACCCUGAAUUUUUCAACACUUUCAGGGUGAGGAAGACUCAUCCCUUAUAUCGGACCUGGAACCAAACAUACGGCAGCAAGAAACCAACAGUUCAUGAGAUGCAGACUGGUUUCAAAGUGAUGUCUCACCACUUCUCAGAACACUACCUGCGUUUCGGGAUGCAUCGCGAUCAGGGCUUCAACACGGCAGUGGACCGGAGCUGGGUCAUGCAUCCCAUGGAAACCCAGAACAAGAGAUACCAGCUGCAGCAUGUGUAUCUCUACGGACACCAAUGCAGAGCGUCCAGCAAUAAAUGACUCCCUGCUCUCUGAAAGUUUUGUUUGUGUGUAAUACUCCACGUCAACCAGCAGAUGGCGGCAUUGUUUAAAGCUCUACUGACUAACUCAGGUGAAACCGUGUCAUCCUGAGGCUUACUUCAUUUAUCCAUUUUUAAAAUCUGUUUAACCCUUCAAGCCUGAAUAAUUGAUGCUUUUCUCAUGUUGUGUAACGAAAGCGCUGCAAAAGCCUUCAUCACAUGAUGUCUUAUAAUUUCUGAAUGCCUUAACAUAUUAAAUACAUACUUUAACC